ACCAACUGCGUCAUUUCCUAUUUACGAUAAUUUUCCCGCGCUGGUUGUAGUGGUCAGCUGUCAUUGAGAAUAAACACUGAACAACUUCAAUAUGUCAAAUUCAGAUUAUGAUCCAGCUUGUUUGCCUGACUUGUUGCCGCUGUAUUACCGCAGACUGUUCCCGUUUUCACAGUACUAUCGCUGGUUAAGUUAUGGCGGUGUGUCUAAAAACUACUUCCAGAACCGUGAGUUUUCCUUCACCCUAAAAGAUGACAUUUAUGUGAGAUAUCAGUCCUUCACCACUCAGAAUGAGCUGGAGAAAGAGAUGCAGAAAAUGGUUCCCUACAAGAUUGACAUUGGAGCAGUCUACAGCCACAGGCCCAGUCAACACAACGCGGUGAAGUCUGGAACCUUCCAGGCCCUGGAGAAGGAGCUGGUGUUUGACAUUGACAUGACAGACUAUGAUGAUGUCAGACGUUGCUGCAGUGCUGCUGAUAUCUGCUCAAAGUGCUGGACUCUAAUGACCAUCGCUAUCCGUAUUCUGGACCGGGCACUUCGAGAGGACUUUGGAUUCCAUCAUCUCCUGUGGGUGUACUCGGGCAGGAGAGGCGUGCAUUGCUGGGUUUGUGAUGAGGCUGCUAGGAAGCUCUCGGUGGCGGCACGGUCUGCCGUGGCAGAGUAUCUCAGUUUAGUCAAGGGUGGUGAGGAGACUGUUAGAAAAGUUGUGCUAUCAGAUCCAAUCCAUCCUUUCAUCAGUCAUUCUUUGUCUGUGGUCGAGCGUUAUUUCCGACAAUACGCCAUCGUGGACCAAGACAUAUUGGGCAGUAAGGACAGUGUAGACAAAGUGCUCGCUUUGCUGCCUGAAGAUAUCAAAAAGGAGCUGACGGACAAUUAUCAAGAUGAAAAGAACCCAGUGAAGCGAUGGGACAGACUCUGCACUGUAGUUGAACAGAAAAGGUCGAAUAGUAAGAAGGGUGGUCAGUACUUCGAUAAGGAGAUCAUGCUGCAGUACUGUUACCCGCGCCUGGAUGUCAACGUCAGUAAAGGAGUCAAUCACUUACUGAAGAGCCCAUUCAGCGUACACCCUAAGACAGGUCGAAUCUCAGUGCCAAUAGAUCUGAAAGAACUCAACACGUUUGAUCCUUUCGAGGUGCCUACGAUCAGUCUGAUUUGUGAGGAGCUGGAGAGACCCAGACCAGACGAGGCGGAGGAGGAUGACAUGAAGGACAAGGAGAAUGAACAAGAAGCUGGAGAGCGACGCAGAAUCAGAGACUAUAAGCGGACCAGCCUGGCCAAGUAUGUAAAGGUCUUUGAUCGGUUUUUGGAAGCAAUGGCUCGAUCUCGUAAAGGAGAGAUGCUGAAGAAGAGCGAUCUUCAGAAGGACUUUUAAGACAAAGGAGCUGGAACUAUAAAACAGCAGUUUAUCAGAACACAUUUACAUGUUUAUCUGCUGGCUGUCUACUUCUGAAGAACCUAUGGAAGCCAUUUCUGCCACUGAAUAAAAAAUAAAAGUAGGUUAAUUGUGUCUUUUUACAUACAGAAACAAACUCACUGUUCUGAGAAAUGAAGCCAGAAUUGUGAAAUAUAAACUUGCAAUUGUGAGUUGUGAAGUCAGAAUUCCAAGAUAAACUCACAAUUCUGACUUUUUUUUUCUUGCAGUGCAAGUUUGUAUCUUGCAAUUCUGACUUCAUUGCCUCAGAAUUGUGAGAUAAACUUGCAAUUGCGAGUUAUAAAGUCAAACUUUGAAGGGAAAAAAAGAGGCUGGUAUGUUAUGUAUUUAUAUAUAAACUCACAAUUCUGGGAAAUAGUCAGAAUUGUGAGUUUGUAUUUCGCAAUUCUGACUGUAUAAACUUGCAUUGUUUAGUUUAUCACUCAAUCCUGGAAAAAAAAAAAGGCAGAUUUGUGAUUUUUUUUUUUUUUUUUUUUUUUUUUCUGACAGUUCUGAUUUUUUUUUUUCAGAAACUUUCAUUUGCGAGUUAUAAAGUCCAAUUUUGAGGGGGAAAAAGACUAGUGUGUUUUUUAAUAUAUAAAUACUCUCAGUUCUACACAAUAAGUCAUGCAAUUCUGACUAUGGUUUAUAUCAUGCAAUUCUGAAAAAAAGUCAGAAUUGUGAGUUUAUAUUACACAGUUCUGAGAAAAAAGUCAGAAUUUUGAGUUUGUACCUCGCAAUUCUGACGGAAAAAAAUUAUUUGCGAGUUUAUAUCUUGCCAUUCUGACUUUAACUCGCAACUGUUUGUUACGCAAACGAGUUUGUUACGCAAUUCUGACUUUUUUUUUUCUCAGAAUUGCAAGAUAUAAACUCACAAAUCUGACUUUAUUAGUUUGUACCAUGCAAUUCUGAGAAAAAAGUCAGAAUUGUGAGAUAAAAAGUUGCAGUGACCUUUUUUUUUCCUCAUUCAGUGGUGGAAAUGGGCUUCCAUAAGAAACAGACACUUUGAUAUACAAAGAACCACAACAGUUUUUCUCUGAAACAUUCCAUCAGAGGAUCAGUCAAAUGAUGUAUAAAAUGUCAUUUAUUUCCAUGUGAUACUGUUUUCCUUUAAUUUUCUAAUGGAAAUAGGUUUUCUCUCAUUUUCUAUGUUUUGUAAAUCAGACUUUUUUGGGAAUUUGUUUCGUUUUUCUACCAGCUAAAUAAAAUAACUUGUACAAAUCU